ACACAAAGAAAGACAGAUCUUUAAAAUAGCUCUAAAUAGAGGACGCUCACGACCUCAUAAGUAUAACGCUAGGAAGGGAAUUUUGAGCUAAUCUACAGUUAAUACCAAUUUGUAAAAAGCUUGCCUUUGGUUGAGUGUGAUGCUAAAAAAAACCUGACCCACGCAUCGAUGGAAAAAUGAUCAUGGCUGAUUGUAAAAUGUGGGGAACACUCCUUUUAUCAAUAACUCUGUUGAGUGAUAACACUUGCCGUCCCAAUGUAACUCCAUGCACAAGGACAUGCAACACUGGUAGUUGUAGUUGUAAUUUGAAAUGUAGUGCACUUACUUGGUUUCCAACAUGCAGCCCCGAAACAUGUAAUCAGGAAUGCAGCAUAGGAAUUUGUAGUCUGCAUUUCGAAGAAUAUCAAACCGUUUGUAACAUGCAUUGUUAUGCUGUUCAGUGUGUACAGACGUGCGACACCGCCACAUGUCACAUGAAUAGAACUUGGCCAAUAAGUUUUCAGAAUAAGCCACAAUGCUCCGGGAAUGAACAAUGCUGUAACAGUUUCGUGUCGUUGGGGAACUUUUAUACUGACUGUGGUGUGGGUAAAAGCUGCACGUGCAUUAAAUUUUCCAAAGGCCAACGCAACACUUCAAAUGCUAUUACAUCUACCACGGCUACAGCAACUCAAGUUUUCGCAGCUCAAAGCUCAACAGUGCAGGGAACAAAAAAUUCUCAAGCUUACACUCCUUUGAAAACACCGUCACCGCCUUUUCUCUCACCAUCACCUUUAUCAUCAUUAUUGUUGUCUUCCUCGACAUCAUCAUCAUCAUUACCAUCAUCAUCGUCAUCCUUAUCAUCAUCUUCAACGGCAGCACCAUCACCAUCUUCGAGGUUACCAUCUUGGUCUUCAUCAUCGCUCACUAAGACAUCUCCGUCAUGGACUUUACAAGUAAUUAAGAAUGUGGCAAAUGAUUCUAUUUCUAAACUUAAUGGAAUAGACAUCAGGAGAAACAGUUCUUUAAAGGAGGCUGUACGGGUAUUUGAAGUCUUCACCGAUCGUUUACUGAACACCACAAAAUCCCACAGAGGCCGACUAAGUAACAGAGAAGAAGAAAAAAUACGAGAAUUUAUUUUUAAAGUGGCAAUCUCCUUUGAGGAGUUUGCUCUAGACUAUGGUAAAUACCAUCUAAGCCAGACGAAGCCAUCCACGAAGACCACAAGCCAAAAAAUGGUUAUGGGUAUUCAAAGAGGCUACCGCCAAAAUGCUACUGACUUCUUUCUCAAGGAAGAAAAAUGGCAAGCCAGCGUUAAUAUUUCCUCUGAGGAUUUUUCUGAAAAUGGGUCAGUGGUUGUUGGGUGCAUGUACAAGGAUCUCCAUGAAUUACUGGUGAGAAAUAAUUCCAUCAGGAAUGAAACUGGCAAUUCAAAGUGA